AUGACGGAUGUCCCACCACCACCACCGCCGCCGGGGGCUCCAGACCCGGAGCCCCAGCCGGAGCAACGGGUGCGCAAGAGGCGACGACGGACGAUGGCCUGCGUGCAGUGCCGUAGCAGAAAGCUCCGCUGUGAUAGGAAGCUUCCUAUGUGUAGCCGUUGUGAGAGCAGCAAGACCGCCAUCAAUUGCACCUAUGAGAAAGAAUUCCUUUGGCAACAACCCAAUACGGUUGUUACGCCCGCUUUCUCCGAGCGCGGUCCCACUAGUACAACCAUCUCUCAAGCCGCGCAUCUUGCUCGGGCUCAUCCUACCCCGGACUCGGCGUUAAGCUCUUUAACUCGGUCUCAACAGACUUCUUCGGAUACGCGCCCCGCCCUAGAGAAACGAGACCGUUUCCUGGAGACCGUCCUAGGGGCCCCGAAGGCCGCUGUCAAUCAGGAACCGUACGUGAAUACUGAGCUGCUACACCGUUCGAAGUAUCCUGCCGGCGUAAGUCAUCAUGCAGCGCCAUUGCACCGCCACGGAGACGAUGAGGAUCCCGCGUCUCCUUCACAACAGCUCGAUAUCUCUCCCAGAAUCAUGAUGCGAGGAAAGGAAACAAAGACCCGGUUCAACGGGUCGGGGAUCUUCGCCAAUCUGAUCGCUCAGUUUCCGGAUAUUAAAUCGUUUGCGGAGGAGAUACGAGUCGCCAGUCCGCAACUGUCUGCGCUACGACCCGAUCUGGCGAGGGUGAAGAGAGGCCUCUGGAAGCGGAAGCCUCUCAAUACACCCUUCCCAGAACCUACCACUCUGUCACUCACCCAGAUGCUCCCGUCUCGCCGUGUGGUUGAUGACUUAGUCGUGUUCUAUCUGACUUAUUUCGAAGCUACUCACCGUGUCCUUCAUGUCCCGUCGUUUCUCAAGGAGCUUGAUGAAUUCUGGGCACAACGGGAUAACCCAGAUUUUGUAUCCCCUUACUUCGUGGUCCAACUUCUCCUGGUUCUGGCUUGUGCUUGGAACCUGGCCGACUUGGAUACACUACAGCUGAAAAAUGAUGAUGAAUCUGAGUUGACUUGCUACACGGCAAUAGAGUGGGUCCUCCACGCAGAGAGAUGGAUUGAGAACUCUCACAUCAAGAGGCCUGACAUUAUGGCGUUUCGGCUUUAUAUUCUACUACUUAUUGCGAAGAACGCGCAUGGAAUGAAGCGCAGCAAGGCUUGGCUUGAUACCGGGACACUGAUCAAGCAAGCGAUGUUAGCAGGGUACCACCGGGAUCCCAGCAGGUACAUGAGGAUCUCUCCGUUCAACAAGGAGAUGCGCCGGCGGAUAUGGGCCACGAUUCUCGAGCUUGAUCUGGAGGUUUCGCUUGAGCGAGGGAUGCCGCCUUCCUUGCAAUACGGCGAUUUUGAUACGGCUCCAGCACUCAACCUCAACGAUAAUGAACUACAGGACACCAGCGAAGAGCUCCCGGCCGAGAGACCACUAACUGAGAUGACUGAUUGCUCAUUCCAAUCUGUCCUGAUACAGUCCCUUCCGUUGCGACUUAAGGCGUGCAAGCUGAUGCAUUCUCCGCGAAUAAGUUGUUGCUAUGAAGAAAUACUUCAUAUGGACUGGGAGUUGAACAGAUAUCUUUCACAAAUCCCUUCCUGGACGGUAUCGGAAGGGGAGGAUUUACAAACGCAGCACAAAAUUAUCCUGAUAAGGUCUCUCCUCCAAACUAAGAUUGGCCAUAGCCUUUUAUCUAUCCACACGCCAUUUGCCAUCGAAGCUCCAACAGAAACCCUCUUUGCACCAUCUUCUCGGAUUCGCCUGGAGGUGGCCACCAUGAUUUUGUCUACACAGAAACAGCUACAUGAGAUCUCAAGACAGCUAUCCCUCUCUAUUCUGGGAGAUUGGACUGUGCAGGCCUACUGUUCAGUAUGUCAAUUACUUCACGCCAGCACCAACAGUCAAGCUUCUUCCCGAACGUCUCUGCCCCAGACACUUCCCGGUCUGCCAGAGUCCUUGAUCACGCUAGUGGAGAUGACCUUGACCUGUCUGGAGACACAACUCCUACUGGUGGUAAAAGGCGCCAAGGAGUAUUUUUUCAUGUCAACUAUCUUAGCUUUAGUGAAGGCAAGAUUAUGGCCGGCGCAGGCGACUGUCUACAAGCAGGAGGUUGUAGACCGAGUAAUCUUUUUCGCUCAAACACUUUUCACGCGGCAUGCCAAUUGCGAUCAUCUGGGGGAAUUGGGCAUGGGGGGUUUUAAAACCAGUCAGGUUCCAGUUUUGAACCCGAGCUCUGGGAUGGCACAGCCUUUCGUUCCUAAUAUGAACAUGCUACCACCAACAAACUUUGGCAUCACGUUGAAGAGCUCAGCGAUCAGCCGCUGGCACACAAAAUCCAUUGCGACCACUGGCCAUUGGAAUAAAGCCUAG